AUGACUUCGCAACCUAUGAAUUCGUCAAUGCAACCCACCGACGUCUACGGAGGAGAUGAAGUGUCAGCGAUUAUCCUGGAUCCGGGAUACUCGAGCGUGCGCGCCGGCUUCGCAGGAGAAGACGCCCCCAAAUCCUUUAUCAAUUCCCAUUACGGUGCCUCAGAGCGCGGCGAGGUCUUCGGCGACGAUGCGAUUCACAACCCGCUCGCAGGGCUGGAGAUCCGCAAUCCUAUGUCGAAGGAUGGCAUUGUGGAGGACUGGGACACGGCCACACGACUAUGGGAAUACGCGAUCACAUCACGACUCACGAGCUUCAAGCAGGCGGAUCCGCGGACGAAUGGGCUCAACGAUGAUCUGAAGGACGUGGACGUGGAGAUGGAGAAUGCCGAGGAGGGGGAGAAGCCAUUGGAGGAGCACCCUCUGCUAAUGACAGAGACCGCGUGGAAUACGUCGAAGAACAGAGAGAAGGCGAUCGAGAUUGCGAUGGAGUCCUGGGGAUGCCCUGCAUUCUGGCUGGCGCGCAACAGUGUCAUGGCAGCUUUCGGUGCUGGGAAGGCUACGGCGCUGGUUAUCGACGUUGGAGCUACGCAAGCUUCAGUCGUGGCCGUACACGACGGUCUCAUUCUCAAGAAAUCUAUUCAACGGUCGAAUUUGGCUGGCAACUGGCUCUCAUCGCAAAUCCGCACACUGUUCAACACCCAAGAACCCAAGGUCGAGCUGGUACCGCACUACAUGAUCUCCUCCAAGACACCCGUCGACGCUGGUGCUCCGGCGCAACCGACUUUCCGUCAAUUCGAUAAGAAACCUACAGACAGUUUCCGCGCCUUAGAAGAAGACCGCGUGCUCACCGAAUUCAAAGAGUCGGUCGUGCAAACCUGGGCCGGUCCUGGCCGCCUCAACCACGUCGACCAACAAGGCACCAACAACCUCGCAUACGCGCGAUCCCAGCCCGGCCGCGUCUUCGAGAUGCCAGACGGCUACAACCAGAUGUGGGGUGUCGAGCGCUUCCAAGUCGCGGAAGGCAUGUGGGACGAGAAAGCUGCGUACCCAGUCCCAGGCGAAGGACCUGUCGGACGCACGAGCACGCUUAUCGAGCUGGUAAAGGCGAGCGUGCUGGCCGUGGAUAUCGAUGUGCGGAUAAAUCUUUUAGGUAACGUCGUGGUCACGGGCGGCACGACGCUGAUUAACGGGUUCACGGAUCGGCUGCAUAAUGAGCUGCUGGCACAGUUUCCGGGCGCGAGGAUCAAGAUCCAGGCUGCGGGUCUGACGACCGAGAGGAGGUUUGGGAGCUGGAUCGGAGGAAGCAUUCUGGGGAGUUUGGGCACCUUCCAUCAGAUGUGGAUCUCCAAGGCGGAGUACGCCGAAUUUGGAAAUACCGUGGUGGAACGAAGAUGUAAAUGA